UUCUCCUCGGGAUCGAAUGUUAGGUUGUUUGUCCGUUUCGGGCUGCCGUCCUGCAGGUCCGCCAUAUUGUCUGCUGAAGCUGCCGCUGAAGCUCGCCGCCGCCGCCGCCGCCGCUGCCGCCGCCAAGUAGGAGCGAGCGGAGCCGCGAUGGAGACCAUGGCGAGCCCAGGGAAAGAUAAUUAUCGAAUGAAGAGUUAUAAGAACAAUGCCCUAAACCCUGAGGAGAUGAGGCGAAGAAGAGAGGAAGAGGGCAUUCAGCUCCGGAAGCAGAAGCGGGAGCAACAACUUUUUAAACGGAGAAAUGUGGAGCUGAUUAAUGAAGAAGCCGCCAUGUUCGAUAGUCUCCUCAUGGACUCCUAUGUGAGCUCUACCACUGGGGAGAGUGUGAUCACAAGAGAGAUGGUGGAGAUGCUCUUUUCUGAUGAUUCUGACCUGCAGUUAGCAACCACACAGAAAUUUCGGAAACUGCUCUCCAAAGAGCCUAGUCCUCCAAUAGAUGAAGUUAUCAACACUCCAGGAGUGGUGGAUCGGUUUGUGGAGUUCCUGAAGAGGAAUGACAAUUGUACAUUACAGUUUGAAGCUGCCUGGGCUCUAACGAACAUUGCCUCUGGAACUUCUCAGCAGACCAAAAUUGUCAUUGAAGCAGGGGCCGUCCCCAUUUUUAUAGAGCUGCUUAACUCAGACUUUGAGGAUGUACAGGAACAGGCAGUCUGGGCACUGGGAAACAUAGCUGGAGAUAGCUCCGUUUGCCGAGAUUACGUCUUGAACUGUUCCAUCCUUAAUCCUUUGUUAACACUCCUUACCAAGUCCACACGACUGACAAUGACACGGAAUGCAGUCUGGGCCCUGUCAAACCUCUGCCGAGGGAAGAACCCACCCCCAGAGUUUGCAAAGGUCUCCCCUUGUUUGCCUGUGCUGUCUCGCCUCCUCUUCAGCAGUGACUCAGACUUGCUGGCAGAUGCCUGCUGGGCCCUUUCUUAUCUGUCUGAUGGCCCCAACGAGAAAAUCCAGGCGGUCAUAGACUCUGGAGUCUGCCGGAGAUUGGUAGAACUUCUAAUGCACAACGAUUACAAAGUGGCUUCUCCUGCCCUGAGAGCUGUGGGUAACAUCGUCACUGGGGAUGAUAUCCAGACCCAGGUCAUUCUUAACUGUUCAGCCCUUCCUUGCCUCCUCCACUUGCUGAGCAGCUCCAAGGAGUCAAUCCGGAAGGAAGCUUGCUGGACCAUUUCAAAUAUUACUGCUGGCAACAGGGCUCAAAUACAGGCUGUCAUAGAUGCAAAUAUUUUCCCUGUGUUGAUCGAAAUCCUUCAGAAAGCAGAGUUCCGUACAAGGAAAGAGGCAGCCUGGGCCAUCACCAAUGCCACAUCAGGAGGAACCCCUGAGCAGAUCAGGUACCUGGUCUCACUGGGCUGCAUCAAACCCCUGUGUGACUUGCUGACUGUGAUGGAUUCAAAGAUUGUGCAAGUGGCCCUCAAUGGACUGGAGAACAUCCUUCGACUUGGAGAGCAAGAAGGCAAGCGCAGUGGCUCAGGGGUCAAUCCCUACUGUGGCCUCAUCGAGGAAGCCUAUGGCUUGGAUAAAAUUGAGUUUCUCCAGAGCCAUGAGAACCAGGAGAUCUACCAGAAGGCCUUCGACCUCAUUGAGCACUACUUUGGUGUAGAGGACGACGAUGGCAGCCUGGCCCCCCAAGUGGAUGCGACGCAACAGCAGUUCGUCUUCCAGCAGCCCGAGGCCCCCAUGGAGGGCUUCCAGCUAUAAUGUCGGCCUCCGGGGAGGGGAGGGAAUGGGACGCACCACCGACCAGCGCAAAAGCAGCCCUCUGGUGGGCGGGAAACCAGCCCCCCACCAUCAGCCACCACACACCUCUGCUGCCCUGGAAACUGUGCUCUUGACCUGCUCUGCCCCCUUCCCUGGAGGGAGCACCCUCUGGACAGACAAAACCAUCUGAGGCUCAUAUUUGGGUUUUGUGACAAGAAGGGGACGUGUUGGGUUUUUCUUCCUUAUGCUAUAUUUUGGCUGCACAUAUGUCUUUAACCCAGGAGCCCAGGGGUAGACAAAGGAGGACUGAGGUAAUCAAUUUUGCACCUUUUUUUAUUUUUUAUUUUUUUCUUUAGUGGUGACUUCCUUCCCUUUUAUCUUCCUUCAUCCUUCCCAGUCCUCUGCCCUGAUCUGUGUAACUCUUUAUCUUGGGUACUUGAGCAGAUGGGAAUAUUCCAGAGGUAGGGGGGUGGGAGGGGAGGGGAGAUAUCCAAAACAAAGUGUUCUUGCUCUGACAGAAUAUUAAUCUUGUAUGCUUGGAUUGAGUUAUUUAAUUUUUUUUUCUUUUGCACAUUUUUCUUGUAUUAAGAUUGCUCUUUCCAAGAGCCACGAGUUCCUGGUUUUAGGAAUCCCAGCUGCCAGCAUUGUCUGGGACUAGAGGCUGAGGGGGAGGUCACCAUGAGACAAAGACCCCCUUCCUCCCUCUAACCCCUUGCCCAGACCUCUUUAGUUUGGGAGAUCCCCCUUACUCUCCUGGGGCAGGUACACCAGUGGGAGUGGAGGGGAGGAGCACAGGCCUUCAGAUGGGGCUUCCCAUGUGUCGCUACUGAUCCCAUGUUUCCUACCCACCUUCCAAUGGUGCGACCCAACUUCAUUUGUUUACUUGAAAUUUCCCCUCGGAGUUGAAUGAACCUCUGAGGUAGCUGUAUUUUCUCCUAAGCAUGAGACAGGGGGCUGUGGUCCUUCCUUUCUCCUGAGGAGAAAGUCCUUGCUCUGGUGACCCAUAAGUUGCAGAGGAGGUUGGAGUGAGAGUGUCAUGUAUUGGGAUAGCCAGGGAUCCCUGCCUUUGGCAUUUCUUCUUCUUCCUCUUCCACAGUUGGAUCAUGUAUAUUUUACUUCCAAAGGAGAGAAUGUCAAAAAGUUCUGUAUUUUUUUAUAUUCUAUAUAUUAGGUAGGUCAAUCUUAAUUGGUCUCAAGAGGAAGAACUGUCUGUAAUUUCUGUAAGUAGGAUACUGUGAGGAAGACCAAAAAGAGAUGUGGAAGCUCCCUCGCUCAGGAAGCCUGAGCUUGGACCUUUUCCUCUCUGCUUGGGUUCUGGGCCACCACCUGGGACCAACCCUUAGCUCUGGAACCUUUAUAUAGCAAGUCAGCCUGGUCUGAUUGUCCCAGUACCUGGAGGAAGCAAGGAUGGCCCCAGGGCUUGGUGAAGUCUACCACUCCAGUCCUUACUGCUGAGCAUCUUGCAUAUAUCAGGAAACCCAAAAAGCAGUCUGCCUUCUCAGAUUCAGUCUCGAAGGUCCUUGUCCACAUACUGUAUCACUUACGGCUGCCUCUCCUAUUAUCACAGAAACCUGGCAGCCUCAGGACUUUUGUGAGAGUUAUUGGUAUCUUCCCUGUUUGCUGUCCUUGUACCUGGGUGGGGUUUUGCCCUUCCUUGUGACAGUUAUAACCCUAAUGCCUUUUCUUUUCUCUUUGAAUAAAGCUAGUACAGUGCCUCAGCGGCUUGCCUCUGCCUCAAUGGGUUACAUAUGAUAGUAAAGUCCAGUUGUUGGGGAUAGGGUGGAGGAAGCAGUUGGCUAAGUCUAGACCAGCUGUGGAGCUGAAGGCACAGUCCGCUCUGCCCCUGCUUCCCCACUGCUCAGUCAGAGGUGCCUUGCUCCAGGCUGUAUCUUCCCUUCCCCAGAAACAAUGCCAUUCCUGCUCCUAUUCCUACACAUCCCCUCUGGCUGAGGUGAAACCCAUGCCCCUCUGCUUACAGAUUAAAGUUCAGGUGCUCAUUGUUGCCCAUUGGUCUUCAAUUUGCCCUCUCUAGUGUUGAGAUCCAACUCCAGAGCCAUUUUCUGAGAAAGGUUGUUUGGGGCAAGUGGUUAUCACUAAAAAGUCACAGCAGUGCUGUGCCACCUUAGUGAGUUACGGGCUGCUCUUCAGCAUGGGGCUAGUAACUACCAACCCCCAAUCUCCCAGGGAGGCAGGGGGCAGGACCUUUUUCACUUGGUCUGCUGACUUCAUUAUAAAAACGUUCUCCUACAGUUCAGAGAAAAGCUACUCCCCCUCCCUUGCCCUUGUCCAAAGGGCAGAGCACUUUAGUAGGAUCUACUUUGUACAUCUCAAAGAAUAGUUGAGUCCCUGACAUUGGGGCCAAAUUCUUAUUGUGAGACAUACACAUGCCGCUUUUCCCAACUAUUCCUCCAAAAUCUACUUUCACUUCAGAUCUGGGUCCUGUACCAGAUGGAAGAUGCUUCUGAUCAUCUGGCUGCUGUUUAAAGCCAGUUUUCUCCAAGGACUUCAAAGGCGGAAGUUUCUCCCAGGGCACAACCUGACAGAUUUCUCAUCAGAUUAAGUGGCCUCUAGGAGCUUUCCUUUGUUGGUGUCUUCCUUAGACCAUGUUUUCCCAUUAUCUUCCUUUAACCCCUUUUUAGUCAAUAGGCAAAGUUCUUCCAACCCACAGAGGCAGUAACAUCAUCUUUUGUGUCUUGUUCUCUCUUUUGGCCAUCUUGGAAAGCAAAUACUAUUUCUUUAGCCCAGGCUUGACAGCCACUCUUUGUGGGCAGCUCUCAUCUGGACUCCAUACCCUGGCCUAGGUCAGGUCAAAGGCUUUCUGGUAGAUUUCUGAUGGGACAUUGCAGGAAUGGAAGGGCUCCCCCAGCCUGCUGUAGGGAAUAGCCUGAUAAGACAUGUUUUUGGAAUCUUUAAGAUCUCUGGUGGGGGUGGACGUACAUCUAGGUGUGGAUUAAGGGAACAAGGAGCCUUUUUCUUAACUAGAGUAUUGAAAAAAUGUUUUGAACAGUGCCAGCUAUCUAUUGCCAGCCGCCCUGGGCAUCCCACCCCAAGAUCAUCUUCUCUAAUACUAACAGUGUCUCUGGUCUUAGAAGUCUGCUUUCAAUUCUGAGCUGUCCCCAGUGACUGCCUACUCUUGGUGUUGGCUGCAACCUUCUGGUAGAACCAUAGGGUUCUACCCUCAUCUGGCCAGCCUGGUCACUUGGGGUAAUGAGUACCAAUGACCCUUUUAAGAAGCAGGUGUUGAUGACCUCAGCUUUUCUUAGAUCUACUCCUCCUCUCUUUACAGUGGAAGCCUCUCUCCAGGAGCCCUGUUUUGUGGAGCUAAACUGCAUGGAUUAUAGCUGCUUCUGUACUUAGUGAAGGAGGAGCAGAGAAGGCUCUCAGGCGCUGACUUUCUGUUUCCUUCAAGCCAAACCAGUUUACAAUGACAACCAUCUAGCAGAAUGAACUGGAUUUCCAUUUUCUCAUGUCUCCCUGCCUUCUUCCUGCAUUGUAGAGUUACCCAUUUCUAGCAAACUACAAGGGAAGGAAAUGAGUGCCUAGUAAUAGUCCCAUCCUCAUCCCCCGUGCCCCUCUUUAAGGGCCUCUGCUCAUUGUUCAGGCCACAGCUCUUCUCCCCAAGGCUCACUCAGCUUGGUAUCCGUCAUUUUGGUUAUUCCUCAGUAGAUUCAUCUUGUGGGCUAAGAUUCUGGAUUCUCAGUUGAAGGCAGUCAGAUUGUUCAAGUCCCUGCAGACACCACAGGGACCCAGAGGGAAAACAGGCUGGCUGGGGGCCUCAGGAAUGUAUAUGACUGUCUGCCUCUCUGGGACGCUGGGCAAGGGUGCAAGGCUCAGUGCACUGAAGCGUAGGAAAUGCUCAUAACCAGUAGCAACAUCUUCCAGGUAGGACUAUCCUAGAAGUGAGUGUGAGAGUGAGAAAUUGCCCAUAGUAGGUUUCUUCCACAGCCGUUUUAGGAUUGCACAUUCUAGACCAAGUCCAGUAUUUUUUCUCUUAACUUUUGGAUUCUUUUGUUAAGCCAGCAAACUGAGAAUUGGGCCCUGCGGGGAUCCAUGUGGUAGGCACCAGCUGCUCUUUGACCAAGGCCUUCAUAAAUGACUCAGUCAUCCCAUUGUCUAUCCCCUAGCCCCACCCCCAGACUAAGACCAUGGCACAUGAAGAAUUUGAGGUCAAUACCAAGCAAGUCUGUGAACUAAAGCUGUUAUUUUUCCUCUGCGAGGGCAUUUUGCAUCAGGCCUGGGCUAUGUGCAGAACCAAAACUGGGUAUGAGAGAAGAGGCAGCAUUAAAUUUUGGGCCCAGAACACCCUGGCAGAAAGGUUUGUGUGGUGUGUUAUAAAGGUCAUCAGUGGGUUUGGGCUUCCCUUGCUACUUCUGGGCCAGCCUGACUGCUGAUGUCUGCAUUAGCACAUACCUGAACCCCUCUGCUAACCCCUAGCCCUGCUCCCCUGCGUAGGUCAGAUUUUCAGCCCCUGGGUUUGGGGAGAGAAAAUUCUGCCAUGCCCUGGGAGCAGUGAAGGAAGUCAAAGCUUAGACCUUGAGACGGGCUGGGAACCUCUGACUCAGAGGUUAGCCUUAAGAGUCCACCUCUACAAGAACCCUCAGGUCCUGGGGUUAGGUAUUGGCUCUUUCAGCCAGCUUUUGUGGGAACUGCCUUUGAUUGAACCACUAAAGAAGUGAAGGGGGUGUAUGAGGUCCCAGCCACCUAAGACAAACCGGAUGUCCCUCAGAAACAGCUUGGGUUCCCAGCUAGAAACCUAAGGAAGGUGAAUCGAACCCUUUUCCUCACUGAUUUUUCUUUCUAAAUUCAUUUGCUUUUAGUUUUCCAAGAACUGUAAACUGGCUAUUUUCUAUGUUCUCAGGGCCCCUGGGUAGACAGACAAAGCUUGAUGAUUUCAGAGCAGACAUAGGCCAAGAAACCAUGGCAUUGAGUGUGCUGAGUCCAGACAAAUGAUAUUUAUAUACACAUCCAAAUUUGAAGAGAAAAUGUAUUUCUUUAGGUUUCAAACACUGUAAUAGAUAUAAAGCGAAAAUAAAAACCUGUUGCAAAGUUCUAAA